AUGAAGGUGGGACCACCCAAUGUUGCCAUUGCAAUGGCAAUCUUAUUAUUAUGCAACAUGAAUGGUGUUCUUGGGAUUAGAUUUGUGAUUGAUAGAGAAGAAUGUUUCUCUCAUUAUGUUCAAUAUGAAGGGGAUGCAGUACAUGCUUCAUUUGUUGUGAUAAGUGUUACUGAUUCAACAUGGCAUUUAACUCAAGAAGGUUUAGAUCUUACGGUUAGAGGACCUAAUGGGGAUCAAAUUCGUGAAUUUCGGGAUAAAACAAGUGAGAAAUUCGACUUUGUAGCUCAUACCAAAGGACCAUAUCGCUUCUGCUUCACUAACAAGUCACCUUAUCGUGAAAAAAUCGACUUUGAUGUUCAUUCUAACCAUUUUUCAACCUUUGAACAACAUGCACAAGAUGGUGAGUCAUGUUUGAACUGA